CCGCCUUGCCGACAGCCUCUCGCGCAUUCGCGGCAUGGAAAUCACAGUGGUCGAGGCGUCCGGCGCUCGGGAGAAGGUGGCGGUCGGGCAGCAGGCCACGCUCGGCGAGCUGCGGCGCCGCAUCCUCUCGCUCUCGCUCCGCUCGUGCACGCUUGCCCGCUCGGCGCCCGCCAAGACGCUGCACAUCUGCUUUGACGGCGGGGUCCUCGGCCCCGAUCGGGACGCGACGUCGUUGGUCGCGCUCGGCGUCACCGGUGCGCCCGUCGUGGUCGUGAUUCUCGCCUCGGCUGCAGCAGCGAGCGGACAGGCGCCACCGCAAGGCCCGGCCCUCGGUUCGUCCUCCUCUCCCUCCUCCCUCGGGCAGCCGACCCGGUCCGCAGAGGAGGGAGGCGGCGAGCCGCCGCCGCCGCCACCGACCGCCGCCGCCCCCGCCGCCUCCCUCGACCCGCCCGAGGACGCGCUCUGCCGGAUCUGCUUUGGCGGUGAGGGGGAGAACGGGCUCGGCCGGCUCAUCGCGCCCUGCCUCUGCUCCGGCUCGAUGAAGUACGUGCACGUGCCGUGUCUGAACGACUGGCGAACGGCGUCGGCGAACGCGUCGUCGCUGUACGAGUGCGAGCAGUGCCGGUACAAGUACAACAUCGCCCGCACCGAGCUUGUGCGCGCGGUUGCCGUCAGCCUGCUCCUCCUCUCCGCGCUGCUCUACCGGCUGGUCGAGUUUGAGCCCUCCAACCCUUGGUCGUGGGGCCCGCGCUGGGCCGCCACCGCGCGGCGCUGCAACUUGCUCCGCGGUCGGUGGGUUCGGGGGUACUGUGGGGGCUCGCGCUGCGACCGCGUGGUCGCCGGCACGUUGCCCGUCGCGUGCGUCGGCCUCUACCCACUCCGCUGGUACGCCCGCCCUGGGCUGGCAAAAACAGGGCGCGUGGUCCAAAUGGCCCCGGAUCGGCUCUGCCGGGCCAAUGCCGAGCUGCAAGCACUGCACUCCGGCGCUCCGUGCGACCUUGGCGCCGAUGGCACGCUAAUCACCUUCGCCGCCUCGGCCGCCCACAACAUGGACGCAAUGGUCACCAAGCUGACGACCAUGUCGGCGAAGAACACCAUCGACCACGUUCUUCCUGGUGCUCACUGCAUCGGCGCCCACCUCGAUGAGUACACUCUCCAAACCUUGCACACCGACCCGGAUGUCGAGUCGAUGGAACCCAACUGCAUCGUCAGUAUCCCUCCGGAGGAGAGCGAGUCCACCGCAGGGACCUCCGCGGUCACGACGCAGUGGGGCAUCGACCGCAUCGACCAGCGGGCGCCUCUGCUCGACAGCCAGUACGACAACCGCGGACGCGAUGGCAGCGGGACCGUAAUCUACAUCCUUGACUCGGGCUUGCGUGCCUCCCACUCCCAGUUUAACGGCCGAGCGCGCGGCGGCUUUUCUGCCGGGUGCUCUGGGAUUUUCUGCGGGCUCGGCUGGGUGUUCAAUGGCGACGUCACCGACGCGGACAUUGCUCAAGGCUGCACCAGCACCCACGGCACGCACGUCGGCGGCAGCGCGGCGGCGACGGACUUCGGCGUCGCCAGCGGCGCCGAGAUCGUGACGGUACAAGUUCUGACCUGCACCGACGGCACCGGCUCGACGGCUGGCGUCCUUGAAGGCAUGGAGUGGGCCAUUUCCGACGCCGCGCGCCAUGGCCGGCCAUCGGUGAUCUCCAUGUCUCUCAGCGGCGGCGGCCAAUCCUUCGCCUACGAUCGGGUCGUUCGACAAGCACAGGCGGUGGGGAUCGUCACCGUCGUCGCCGCGGGCAACAACAACGGACAGGACGCGUGCCAGCGAUCGCCCGCGUUUGUGCCCGCAGCCGUCACCGUUGCAGCGACAGAGCGGCCGAGCAGCUUCAACCCCACCGACCGCCGCGCCUUCUUUUCCAACGUUGGCCCCUGCGUUGACAUCUGGGCCCCCGGGUCGAACAUCGUCUCCGCCUCGGUGCUGAGUGACACGGCGCUGACAACUCUUUCCGGCACUUCCAUGGCCACCCCUCACGUCUCCGGCGUCGCCGCGCAGCUGCUCUCGCACCUCCGCCUGACCCGCGGCUUGGACAUCUCCGCCUCGCGCCUCGCCUCGCUGCUGACAUGCCUCGCCACGCCGGCCGUGCAGUUCCCACCGGCGCAGACGACGAGAACCUCCUCCUCUUUUCGGUUCGUCGGCACGGGCUACUGCUUCACCAGCUUCCGAGGAGGGCACCUGGGAGAGUCGUCGGCGGGAGGCGGCAGCUCGGCCGCGCAAGUCGCUGCAGCGUGCGGGCAGGAGUGCGACGCCGACCCUCAGUGCGUCUUCGUCUCUGGCUGCAACUCUCGGUGCAUCCGCUUCUCGGCCGCGGCGGGCGACUGCUCCCGACGCAUCUUCGGCGGAGCCGACAUGUGCUUCACAGGGCUCAAGUCCAGUGGCACUGCCGGCGGCUGCGGCGACGAGCGAGCCGCUGUCGGGGCCGACAGCGGCGUCGGCGAGAGGGCCGAUGGCGGGGUCGCGGCCGGGGUCGUAGCUGUUGACUGGGCUGAGGAGCUCCUCGGCGCGUGCUCGGGUGCUGGAGGUCGGUGGCUGGAGCCAACCGGACCGCGUCCGUUGCGCAGGGGAAAGAGUGAAUCGCAAGCGGUGUGCGAGAGAAAGGCGGGGAUGAAGAUUGCGAGCAUUUAG